UUCAUUCAUUUCUUGUUCAACUAGGGAGUGUGGAGCACGUUUUUUGAUUUUAAAUAUAUCAACACGGCAUGUGUUGAUUGAAUCGACCACAGUUAAUAUAUCGUCACUAUAUUGUGCAGUUAUAUCGCCUAACGCGAUUGUAUAUUCGCCGUUACUAGUUAACCGAAAGAAAUAUUACAUAAUAUGGGUUCAUCUGUUGGUCAAAAGGGUCUGUUAGUGGGAAUUGGGAAUCCACUUCUGGAUAUAUCAGCAAAUGUUGGUGAAGACCUUCUGCAAAAGUAUGGUCUUGAAGCUGAUGGAGCCAUCAUGGCUGAAGAAAAACAUAUGCCUCUGUACCAAGAACUCAUAGAAAAAUAUAAAGCAGAGUUCAUAGCCGGCGGUAGCGUCCAGAACAGCCUUCGUGUGGCGCAAUGGAUCCUCAAGACUCCUAACAUGUGCACGUACUUUGGGUGCGUGGGAAAUGACGACUAUGCUAAGAUAUUGAAGGAGCGGGUGGUUAAAAGCGGUGUGACAGUCCACUACCAAGUCACAAACGAGGUGCCCACGGGCACGUGCGCGGUGUUAGUGACCGGCACACACAGAUCCCUGUGCGCCAACCUGGCGGCCGCACAGAAAUUCACAGUGGACUACCUGGACAAAGAAGAGUGCAAGAAGAGUAUAGAGGGCGCUAAAUUCUUUUACGCUUCUGGUUUCUUCGUAGCGGUAAGUCCCGAGUCGAUCAUGCGGCUGGCGACGCACGCGCAUGCGCGCGGCCACUUAUUCAGUAUGAACCUGAGCGCGCCCUUCGUGUCGCAGUUCUUCAAGGAGCCCCUGGAGAAACUGCUGCCAUACGUCGACGUCAUGUUCGGCAAUGAAGCUGAAGCGGAGGCGUUCGCGAAAGCCUUCAAUUUAAAAUCAACAGACCUCCAACAGAUAGCGUUAGAGAUUGCCAACAUGCCGAAACUAAACGCGAACAGGCAAAGGGUUGUUGUCGUAACGCAAGGUUGCGAGCCGUGCAUACUCGUUGAAAACGGCAAGAUUUCACUCAUUCCGGUGAAGAAAUUGACGCCCGAGCAAAUUGUUGACACAAACGGCGCGGGCGACGCGUUCACGGGCGGGUUCCUCAGCCAAAUGAUGCUCGGGCGGUCCUACACCACGUGCGUCAGAUGCGGCAUUUACGCGGCCGCACAUAUUAUACAGCACUCUGGGUGUGUUAUGAGCGGCGAAAGUGAUUUUUCUGACAGUUAAGUCGUGUUUUUUUUUCUUUUUUUUUUUUAUUAGUUCGUUUUGUAGGUUGUUGAAGUUCAGCGGGUAGCAUUUUAUGUGAAAUGUUUACAGUGAACAUUCGAUUUAAAAAAUUGGUGAUAAACGUUUACUACUUUGAUUUUAAAAAAGAAUGAAUAAGUUUUUUUUUUUAUACCGACACGGACGGACGACAGUUUACGAAACUUUUGCUGUUGUGUUUAUGGGUUAUAAUAAACAACAGAAAUGAUUUUUGCUCUCGAGUGUACAUUAAUUGAAGAUGUACCUACUCAUACAGUACAAUGCUAUGGUACAAUCUAAUAUGUUUUUAGCAUAUUAUACCGAUAACAAAUAUUGUCAUCGUACGCGAUUGAAAUAUUAUCAUUAUUAUACCUACACUUGAUCUGAUACCCGCUGAUUAAAAAAAUAAUGUAGUAAUAAUGAACUUGGUUCAAGAAUACCGCAGAAUUUCCUUGUACCUAUAUUUAGGUAAUGACAAUUAAAAAGUAUAUAUUUUUUAUAAUCUGUAUCUAUAUCAAUUUAAUUACAUCAUAAUUUUUUAUUUAAUUUUUAAACAGGUUACUGGACUUCACUUUAAAAAAAUUAUUGAAGAAUAUAAAUCAUAUUGAUAAAUAAAUAAUAUUAUAUAUUUUUAUUUUUUAAUAUACAUUUAAUUUUAUUUAAAUCUUUUAUACGUUAUACCUUAUUAGGUUAUUCUGCUGUAUUCAUGAACGAAUAUUUUUCAGUAAGAUUUCUAUUAAUUUCAGUACGAUUUCUAUCAAAUUUGUAUGAUUAAAUGUGUUAAAAAUCGUACUUAAAAAUUUUACGCAAAUGAUGCAAAUAUUACAUUUCGCAGUUGGGGAAUGUAUAUUAUGUAGUUUUUUUUAUUGUAAUUAUGCGUAAAAAUAGCAAUUUUUAUAAAUAAGCAGAUCAUUUAGAAACGUUUGUAGAUGGAAUCGCCACUCAGCAACUCACUACCCAGCAACUUUCAAUAGUGUAUAUUUAAGAUAUAAAUGUAAUAUACAUGUAUAUUGAAAUAAAUAUAAUGAUGUACAUGUAAGGUUGUAUAAAGUGGCCUAGAAUUUUUCAGUAGUGUAAAAUGUAGUAUUUUUAUAUUUUGUACAUAAUUUUGCAAUUAUUUUUAUAAAUAAAACAUUCACACAUACCUAAGAUUCGUUUAAUUUACAGAAAUGUCAUAAAUUUUCAUUGGCUUUAGGGACCAAUUUUCAGAUAUUGCAAAAUUGUAAACUCUUGAAGAAUCAUGAAUUGAAAUAAAUCUCUCAUGUUUAAUCUUACAAUAAAAUCAUUUAGUUAUAUUUUUUUUUUAUUUUGUGUAAAAGUUACUCGAUGUCAUGUAAGUAUAUUGUAUUAUAUAUUUAAAUGUAGACUGAGUUCUUCCAUUAGACAUGUAAAAUGUAGCAAUAAUGUAUAAACUAACGCACAAUUUCUCUAGAAAGACAUAAAUUAUUCCAACUAUUAAUAACUUAAUUUGUUGCAUACCCUCAAUUUUUAUUGUGUAAUUAACUGCUGGUAGUUAGUAGUUUAUUAUAAUCAGUGUGUAACCAUGACCAUUUAGCUGAAUUUUUAUCUAAUUAGUUACUAUCUAUGUUUUAUGACAUGUUCCAUAUGACAAAGACGGCCAAACAAAAAAAAAUUGCAUAAUAUUAUUUGUUUCACAGGCGGAUAUGUCCGUGUGCCGAAAAACAUUCUCAAAUGGAUUCAAGUUCAAGUAAAAAACGUACGUAACGUACCUUUUUGAAGGGCCUUAUGUCAAUUGGACUAAUAAAAUAAUUAUAAUAGGUACAAACAAUAUAACGGUGAUUUAAAAUAAGAAUACCAGGUAUGAAUUAGGUACAAAGUAUAUGAUGGUGAUUUAUAAGUUUAAUGAUUGGAACAAAAAAGCAGUGGCGUAAAUAUAAUUUGUUAUGUAACACUCCUCUUAUUUCACAAACUGAUUUAAAUUUGAUGUUAGUUUAAAAACACUAAACGUAAGAUUAAUUUAAACCUUUUUUAUAUCAUUCGUUCUAACCGUUUUCUCUAAAAAAAUACUGGCUAAAUUGAAAACAUCCUUUUUAUUUAAGUUGAUGAACAAAAAUUUAAACACUUCUACGUAACAUGAUAACAAAUUUGUUUGGAAUCACAUAAUUGUCAUUUAUAUUAGAAUUAAAUCAUACAAAAUAUUCUCAAAAACAAAAUAAAUGUAAUUAAAUGGUUAUUCUACAUUAUAAUCUUUUUUAUCAGGAAAUAACAUCCUUAUGUUGACGUAGUACAGAUAUUGCAAUUAUAGGCUAUGUACAGUGUGCGGCAGCCUGAUCUCACCAUCCUUAUAUCGUGUUGAUUAAUAAGGAUAGUCACAUUUAUUUGCUUCAUACUGUACACAAAGAAAAAGUCUACAUAACAUUUUCUUAAGAAAUAAAGAUUAUGUUUAAGAUGAACAUUUUGGUCCCUUAUUUGUUAGUAUAAUAACCAUUUAAUGAAUAUAAAAGUAAUACCAAUCAUAAAUUGUACAUUAAUAUACUUAUAUAAUAUAAUUUUUUAUAAAAUCUAAUCAUGGACCUGAAAAAGCAAUAUCAGGUCGGUGUCAUUAAGUGAAUUAAAAAGGAAUGUCCAUGUGAAAGUAUAUAAAAGAAAUGGAAAAUAGACACAAAAUUCUACUAUGGCAAGUUAUACAACCGAGUAUGAAAAAAAAUAACUUUUGUACCUUUGAAACAAAUUAAGUGUCAUAUUGUAACAUGGUCAAUUUAUGUUUAAAACAAAAAAGAUGUUCAUUUUGUAUUUUUGAACUGAAUCAGGAAAUCAGUGCAUCUAUAAAUUUAAUAUUUUGUUUUGUUUGCACUUGGAACCUGAUUCACUAAUUUGGUCAAAAACAAAUUUUUACAAACACAAUUGUAAUGAACUGAUGUUGCACUUUCAUACUACAAUGUUUCAUUAGAAGGUUAGACAAUUUUUGAGCAAUGAUUACAUAUAAGAAAAUAGUCUCACUUUUUUACAGACCUUUCUGACUUUAUGUGCUGACACAGCAUAACAAUAACAAAAAUAACUAAUAUAAAAAUAAAAAUAAUGCCAAUGGCGUCCAGCACCUGUUAAUUCAUGUCAUUUUAUAUUUGUAAAUAUGAUGCUGUAUCUCACAAUAUGUACAUCCCAAUCUGGCGCAUUCUCAGACUCAUUGCCUAACAAUGGCAUACUACGAUAUAUCUCAAUAAUGAUGAAAUCUUUGGUGCUCUCCAAAUACUUAGUGAAACUCCGAGUGAAUUUAAUUUCUCCCCUCACAUUUUUAUCAAUACAACUAUGUUUACAAACUACACAAGCUCCAGGAACGAUCUUAGUAUGAGCUUUAGGAAUUCUUUUUCUACUUAGCACUCU